AUGAAAUACUCAGAUACAGAUAUCUUGGCGGUAUGGCACACUUAUUACGACCAACUGCUUAACACAACAACAAGAGGUGUUAAUCUUCCGCACGAGCCCAAAAAUAAAGGUUUAAUACCGUCGCUUAGACCACAGGAGGUAGAAACUGCUCUCAAAAAGAUGGCUAAUAAGAAGUCCCCAGGACCUGAUGGCAUACCUGUGGAAGCCUGGAAAUGCCUAGGGGAAAGAGGUGUUUAUAUUCUCACGCAUUUAUUCCAAAAAGCUAUAGAAUCUUCAAGCAUACCGGACGUGUGGAGAUUAAGGGCCAUCGUUCCCCUCUACAAAGAAAAGUGCAAUCGCACGAUCUCCCAAGAGUUUAGAGCCAAGAACAAACCACUCUAUCUUGCUUUCCUUGACAUGGAAAAAGCGUUUGAUCGCGUACCGCGACAAACUAUCUGGUGGAGUCUCCGUAAGAAAAAUAUCCCAGAAAGGUACGUCGUAAUCAUUGCUGACAUGUACGGGGACGUGACAUCUGUAGUCAGAACUAUGGUGGGACAUACAAAACCAAUAGCAGUGACUAAAGGAGUGCAUCAAGGCUCAAUACUCAGUCCUUAUCUAUUCUUUUUGAAAAUGGAUACUCUCACUGAAAAGGCUCAAACCCUGACACCGUGGACAUUUAUAUGUGCAGAUAAUGUACAAUCUGUGCGACGUCCCGAGGUCAGC